AUGGCCAAGAUCAAUGCCACGUACAGCUCGGGUUACUACAUCGCCCCUGAUGUCGACUUUCGAAAACUUGAGGAGCAGCAGCGGCAGGAGCAGCGCGGCAAGCGCAGGCGUGGCGUUCCUAACGACGGCGGCGAUGACAAUGUCAAGCGGCAGACGUUUGCCAUUCCGUUUGAUCUCAUAUGCGAGCAGUGCCACCGGCGGAUUGCUCGUGGCAGUCACGUCUACGCCAAUCGACGGGGGACUGACAAACGCUACCUCGGCAGCAUCCGCAUCUGGGAGCUGGAGAUACUGUGCCGUUUCUGCAAAGGCGCGUAUUACCUUCGCACCGACCCGGAGACUCCCAAGGAGACGGGCGGCUACAUCUGCGAAAAGGGCUGCAGGCGAGUCGAGGGCGACUUCUACUCCCUCAACAAACAGAACCAAGCAGCGAGGGAGGAAUGGGAGAGGGCGAAGGCAGAGGCAGAGCUGAACCCACUGGCGGCGCUGGAGAAGGAAAACGAAGCUGCUCGCGAACUGGAGGAACGCAACCGCCAGAUUGAAGAGGCCGUGGAGGAGCGCGCUGGGCACAAUGAUGGGGACUUGCUUACGAUGCUGCGCAGUCGCUCCUGCCGCACCAAGGUACGUGCGGAUGCGGUAGGCAAGGACAGCGACGAGGACGCGGAUGCCAGCGGCCAGACUGGUCUGGCACUGAGCUCAACAAGUGCGGAAACAGCACCAGCACCGCCGUCAUCAUUAUCAACAUCUUUCCUGUCACCAAAGGCGUUCACGCUAGGAGGUGACGGCGACGGAAGCGGUAGCGAAGACGAGGAGGACGCCGAUGAGCGUGCUUUCCGAGCAUUCAACGAGGACAUGGAGCGACGUUGGCGUACCCUGGAGCGCCAACAGCGCGCGCGCCAGCGGCAGCAGGAAGAGCAGAGCUCUAUAACCGAGACGACAAUGCCCGCUGAUGAGGACGAGCUGAAGCGUGUGCUGGCCCGCUACGGCGGCGAUCGUCACAUCACCACGGAGACACUGGCAAAGGCGCCGACGGAGACCCAGGAGCCGAAUGCACUCCCGGUACAAGGUAGCGUGCCGUCUCCGACACUGAUGAGCACCUUGGCAUCAUUCAUACCACCCCAGAGCGGCAGUAUCAAGCAAAACAAGUUCUUCGUCCACAACGAUGACGAUGACGACGACUUCGACGAGGCAGACGGCGAAGAGCCGCUGUUCGCUCGCCUACGCGGACCUCAGCCAUCGCAGCCAUCCCUUGUUUCCGCCACGGCAGGAGCGACGCCAUCUGUGCGAGCUGCCUCUCGCUUCGCAGCCCCGGCUGGCGUCUCCCAGCCACACCCAUCGCCACGGCAGGGCGGCAGCUCUCUUUUACGCCGCCUUGUCGGCGAUGGGGAUGACGAGGAUGGAAGUGACGCUGAGGAGCGUUGUUGA